AUUUGUCAAUGAUUGUCAUGUCGUCAAAUAAUGUUUUAUGUUUUUAAUGCAUUUUUAUCACAAAUGUUUUUUUUUAUAAAUGAGAAUCACAUUUGCUUUUAGAAUUGCGUUGUGGUUUGAAUGAUUGUUUUGUGUUCAAGGUAAGUAUUGCAAUUUGAAUAUCAACAAUGUUUUCUGCUCUCAAAAAACUUGCAAGAAGUGGAGAUGAUCGCUGUGCAGCUCCUUUGCCAAUGUCUUCGUCUUUACAGAAGAAGUUCUCUAAAGGGGUUCACUUUAACAUGAAAAUACUGAUAAAAGGUGAUAGGAAUGUUGGCAAAUCUUGUCUUCUGCAGCGUCUUCAGGGUGGACCAUUUAUAGAAGAUUAUGUACCAACAGAUCAAAUUCAGGUGGCCCCAAUACACUGGACUUAUAAAAAUACUGAUUACAUAGUAAAGGUAGAAGUGUGGGAGGUUGUGGAUAAAGGUCGCACAAAGAAGAAACCACCUUUAGGCUUGAAAUUAGAGAACCAGUCAGCAGCAGCUGCAUCUGAAGACGGCUAUGAGACCCCUGUGCUUGAUGCUACAUUCCUUGAUGUGUAUAAAAAUGCUAAUGGAGUCAUCCUCAUGCUUGAUAUAACAAAACCAUGGACUUUUGACUAUGUGGUAAAGGAAUUAUCUCAAGUGCCAGCUGAUCUUCCAGUUGUUGUGCUGGGGAACCAUUGUGACAUGCAACACCAUAGACAAGUGCAUGCCCACCACAUUGAACAAGCUCUUCAUCAUGCUAAGCUAAUCAGAACUGCCCCUAUACGCUAUGCAGAGUCAUCAAUGAGAAAUGGUUUCGGUCUUCGCUUGCUCCACAAAUUUUUGAGUGUUCCUUUCUUGAGGCUUCAGAAAACAAGUCUUUUGGAACAAUUACAGAGGAACCAAAGAGACAUGGAAGAAAUUGAGAAUGAACUCAAUGAUUUCCAGAAUUCAGAAGAGUCCCAAUAUAACCUGUUUGUAGAUCGCCUUGCAAAUAAACGAAGGCAAAGUGCUGGUCAACCGGAGCCUCGUCCCAAUAAUGAUCGUUCGCCGAGUAUUGUGCUAGGUGCCGGAAAACCUAUUAUACCCCCUAGUGUUAAUCCACUGUUAGCGCAAUCAUUAGCUGGCAACGGACUGAAAGCACAAAGUCCAAUGAUACAGGCUCAAUAUGUAAGUCCUGAGUUGUUGAAGCCUAAAAAUCAAGUCAGUAUGGAGAUGACGCCACCUCGACUACCUCAACAAGAUAGUGGGCAGAGUACGCCCUCGGGUGCGAAUGUGUCGGCUGCCUCUGGAUGUUUAGACGAGUUUUAUGCGGGCACAUUGGAUAGUAGCUUUUUAGAAGAUCUGCCACCAAUAUCCAGUUCCAAUCAAGAAGUUUCUUAUGAUACCGACAGUGACGACGAGAAUAUCACUAAUCCAAAAGUGACUAUUGAUCAGGAAGACUUAGACUUCGAUAUAAAUAAUGCUGUCGAAAUUCGAUCAGAAAUUAAAUUGUCAACACCAUUCACGUCAAGAUCUAGUCAAGACGAAGACAACCUUGAGAAAAUGAUAAGUCGCGUCACCAUGAACGAUGAGGUCGAUAUUGAUAACAUGGAUAUUGGAAGUGGACCUAUUUUUGAAAACAGCCGCCAUCUUGACGUGCAAUUGCCGCUGGAUAACGACUUCCCGCUUUGGGCCGGUGAUACCAGCGCUAGAAGGUCUCCUGAAGGUGGUGAAGAUCCAGACACAGCUAAGGAACGAAGUGAGAAGGAGAAAAAACAUAAGAAAAAGAAAUCGAAAGACAAAGACAGAGGAGAUUACAACGAAAAGUCAGAGAGAAAAGAAAAGAAACAUAAGCACAAGAAAUCCAAAAGUGAUAAAAAGACUUCGAACCCGCAACAGGACCUACUGGCUCCCUCAUCAACUACAGAGUUCAACUAUGAAGAAUACGACAGCAUUUAACGAAUACUUUAAUGUUAUUUGAACUACAUUCCAACAUCUGCUUUCUGUGUCUAGAUAUAAAGGGAUGAACGAAAUAAUAUUUGAAUUACGGUUGUAUGAUGAGACGAUUGCGGUAUUAUUAUCGAAUAGUUUUAUGUAUGAUUACUUGCAUUCCUAAUUUGUAACUUGCCUUUAAAAGUAUUUUCUUUUUCUUAUUUGUUUCUUUUAUGGAAUCUCAAGCUUGAAUUAACAGUUUUGUAAAGAAAAACACUGUUUUAUAGGGCCCAAGGAGAUUGCCACGAAUGUGGUUUUUGUAUUAAAUGCUUUCGGCAUUAUUUAUUUAAUUCUUUUAUUGUAUUAAUGUGAGAUUUUGUUUCGUCAGACGAUGGAAAAUGACGCCAUGCAUCUAUGUAAACUUAUUAUUUUUUAUGUGUUUCAAUAUUAUACUAUUGAUUUUACAUUUAAUAAUUUUAUUAUUAUGUAUGUCUAUUUAAUAUUCCGAUUUAUAAUAAAGUGCUUAUUCUGACAUAUCAGUUUAAUCGAAGCUUUCUUGUUGUGUCAAAAUUUGCAAUUGUUAUUGUUUAUGUGCAAUAUAACGUAUGUGUGUAAUCAUAAGAAUAUUUAAAUUACCUCGUUACUGCAUACAUAUUUUAUCAUGUUACUAUGCUUGUUGUCUAAAUAAAA